UUUGUCUGUUGUUUGUGUAGAAAGAAUAGAUCAAAGAUUGUUGUGAUCAUCACCUCGUAGACAUUCAAUUCUGUCAUAAUCUCUCUCUCUCUUUCUCUCACCAUGAACUCAGGGUCAGAGUAUGAUAGUCAGGGAGAAGACGAGAGACUAAAACAACUAGAAGAAGAGAUCAGACGAAUAAAAGAAAAGAAAACCAAAAGAAACUCUUCAAAAAAACAAGGCGCAAAAACCUCGAUCACUCAGCAACCUAGAACAAUCUGUUCCUCUUCAGAAAAGUGCCAAAAGGACCGAUUUCGCACAUACAAAAAACUACCAGGAACAGUAGAUCAUGGCAAAGAAUAUGAACAAAUGAUGUGUGCAUUCUAUGCUUUAAAAUUAAUUGUGCGAGAUGAUGUGGAAGAUUUUGAAAUGACUACGAACAACAAAGAACAUGGAGUUUUUGACGACAUCGGACUGACAGUUACAUUCAAGAACACGAAAAAACGCACUUAUCUCAUUCAACUCAAACACAAAGAAGGAGGAAAGUCCAUCACAACGAACAAUCUACUUAAUCCAAAACAUGACUUCGGCGUUCAAAAAUAUUUUAAUUCUCUAUCAUCUCUUAAUAUCAUGGACGAUGUUGUUUGCAUCGUCUACACAAAUUCUUCUACAUAUAUUAAGGAAAGUACCGAAAUAGCGCCAAAUAUUAAGCUAGAAGUAUGCAAUAAUAUUGAGUAUGAAGAUUUGCUCCUUAACGUUGAACAAAGAAAUUCGUUAAGUAUUUUUCAAAUUCUACAAAGGCUAGAAGAUAAAACUCAGAUGUUUUAUUUUUUUACAGAACAAAAUAACAUAAAUAAUACUAAGAUGGUAGUAGAAAAAAUGUUGCACGAGAUGUUACAAUGUAACAUUUACGAUUCUUUUAUGCAUUUUAUGAGCGAAUGGUGGUCGAAGAGCUUUGUUUUGAGUAAAGAUGACGUCAUUGCGAAAUUAACUGAAUUAACUGUCUCACCUUACAUGAAAAAUUUAAGUAACGGCAAACAAAAUACAAAAACAGAAAACCUGAGGAAAGCAAUAAUGAAUUACUCAUUGACGAUUGUGGAAAGUAGUGAAGAAAGUGUUAUCGAAAAUAUAUGGCCGGAUCCAAACAUGCCAGAGGAAGAAUUUAUGAAAACCAAAGAAAAAUUUGGAAUAAAGAUAAGGGAACAAGAUAAGAUUGCAUGGUUUUUAGAUAAAGUUCCUUUGAUUGUAAAAGUAGACGAUUCGAAUAAAACAACAGUCGAAUGUGUAAUGAAAAUAAUGAAUAAAAGUGUUGAAAAGAAACAAAUUAUCUUGGUGGGAAACGUUAUGAAAGGUGAGUUCGAUGAGAUGGAAGUUUUCGAAGAUUUAUCUGACCUGGGGAACAAGGCCGGCAACGAAGCAUAUUAUUGCGACAUUUUGCGGAAUUUCCAAAUUUCUUUACAAGGAAGAGAACCAGUUUGUUUGGAAAAAUUUAUUAACAUUGACAGGGAAAUUGCUAAGCAUAUUGGGGUUGGUGAACUAUUGAAGAUGUCUCAAGCACACUACAUAAUAGGAAAUGAAAGAGAAGAGUUACCCGAAUUACACAUACCAAGAUAUGUAUCUACCACUUUCGUAAAGACAGAGAAAAUUUUUACCAUUUAUGAAUCACAGAAAAAUCAAGCAGUGGUAAUAAUUAAUUGCGACUCAACAUUUAAAGAUCUAACAUUAACACAUAAAAAACAUAAUUUUGUUGAAAGUUCUGUUUACUUUAGCCCAGAAUAUGUUGUCAAAGACAACGUAAUUAUACUUUCCACAGAAAGCAAAUUAACACAUGCUGAAUUUCUUCAGGUUUGUGAAAAAUCCAAAAAAUCAAACGCAUAUCUAUUCCAAGUAUUUGAUAAAGAAUCUUGUGCCUUACUUUUAAUAAAAGGAAACGAACUACCGCCUGAUAUUAUACACGAGUCCAAAAAUAUACCAGAAGCGGAUGUUUUACGUUAUCUCAAUAACCCACUUAACGCUGUUUGUGCUCCACCCGGAAUGGGCAAAUCGACAUUAAUCAAAGUUCUUUAUAACAAUUGCCCUUCACAUUAUUGGGCAACUUACGUUGAUCUGAUAAAUUGUAAUUCAUUUUUGAAAAAAAAGCCAGAUUCAACAGCAAUGUGGAAUUAUUUUUUAAGAAAUACAGAAGGAAAAGAAAAAAUUGUAGAAGGACAAAUUAAGAAUACUUUGCUUAGAAAUAAAAAGUUGUAUUUAUUUCUCGACGGAUUAGACGAAAUGGAAAGUAGUUGCAUCGACUCUGUUUUAAAUUUUGCUAAAAAAUCAAAUGGUAUCAACGUAUGGAUUUCGUCAAGAGAAAAUUUACGUCAAAGAGUCUCAGACACAUUAAAUACGGUGUUAGUAGAGAUACAACAAUUAAGUAAAGAACAGCAAGAAGAGUACAUGCGUAAAAGAUUGAAAGAAAAAUACGGAGAAGAUAAAGUAGUAAAAAUCUUAAAAGCAGUAUUUGCUAGCGUGGACCUUAACAAUAGCCAACGUCUUUUAGGAAUCCCGUUGCAGUUACACAUAAUCGCAGAAAUGUUUCUCAACAACGACGACGCUUACAAGAAAAUCGAAGAUCAAGAUAUUUUUGUUUUAACACAAAUGUAUAAGUUGUUUUUCGAGGGAAAAGUAAGGUCUAAUUAUGAAAAAAUCGCGGGCAGGGAGAAAACACAUAUGUUUGGCAACAUAAACGCAUCGUUGCAACAAUACGAAGUUAUUGCUUUAAAAACAUGUCUAGAGACUGAAGACUUUAAGAAACUAAAUGUGAACUUAGAGGAACUAAAAGAUGUUAUAAGCUGUUUUAAGGAGAAGCUUGACGUGAAUGGAAUCAUCAAGAAAAUAAACGAAAGUGGUGAGGCUGUGUUUGAGCAUCAAACUUAUGCGGAAUACUUUGCGUGUGCCUGGCUGAAAAAAAACAAAGAAAAAGCGGCUUUGUUGAAAGACGUAAUAUUUGAUCGUAGAUACGAAAAUUUACGGCUCAUGUUUGACGUAAUGUUGGCAGAAAACAAUCCUUUGCAUUUAUCUAUCGUUUAUAAAAAUUUAGAACAAUUCGACAAAUACAAACAUGAAAUAAACAGGGCAGAUCAAGGCGGUCGAAGACCAUGGGAGCUCAUAUGUUCGUAUGGAAUGAAAUAUCCUCUUUCUCACAUUCUAAUUUCCGACAACUAUGUAAACCUUGGUCGAGAAUAUGAUUGGUUUGUGCAUAUGGCAAAAAUUCUCGUACCAGAACAGAACGACGUAAUUAAGGUUAGCGACAACAGUGUUAUUUUCAAUUUCACUUGGUUAAAUUACUGCCUUGAAGCACAGUGUCUGUAUCCAAUCGAACUAAUUUUAGAAAGAAAACUGUUGAUGUUUAGCGACAUCCAAGAAGAAGUUUUUAAAUAUUAUAAGGAAGACACUUUAGCAUAUUACGCAGCACAGAUGGGUUACCCUAACAUACUUUCUGGAGUUAUUGAAAAAAAUCCAAGUCUCGUCAGAAUAAAACUAAAUAAAAACCAAAUAUCUGGCAAUCUCUUGGCAACAGCAGUUAUUGGCCCCAAAGAUAAAGUUAACACACCCAAUAACAAUUUCCAGUUCCUAGACGCCUUCGAAAGAACAGUUUAUUUACUUUUAAAAAAGGGUUUUGAUAUAAAUGCACAAGUUAAAGAUAAAAUGACAGCGUUACAUUUGGCGUCUCAAAAAGGUGAUUGCGCAAUUACAAAGAUAUUGUUAAAUUCGGGUGCUUCGAUUAACAUUGCUGACGAGGACAAAAGGAAUGCGUUGCAUUAUGCUUCAGAAUCAUGGAAAGGCAAUCGAGAUGUAAUAAAAUUAUUGAUUGAGAAAGGCAUUGACGUAAAUGUACAAGAUGGAAAUGGAAAAACCGCUUUACAACUGGCGUGUAAAAACGGUGUUUAUGAAAAUGCAGAAAUGUUGUUAAGUUCCGGUGCUUCGCUUAACAUUGUGGACAAGGACAAAAUGAACGCGUUGCAUUAUGCGUUGGAAUCAUGGUACUACAAUCGAGAUAUAAUAAAAUUAUUGAUUGAGAAAAUCAUUGACUUAAAUGUACAAGAUGGAAAUGGAAGAACCGCUUUACAACUGGCGUGUAAAAACGGUGAUUACGAAAUUGCAAAAAAAUUGUUAAGUUCCGGUGCUUCGAUUAACAUUGUGGACAAGGACAGAAUGAACGCGUUGCAUUAUGCAUCGCAAUCGUGGAAAGACAAUCGAGAUGUAAUAAAAUUAUUGAUUGAGAAAGGCAUUGACGUAAAUGUACAAAAUGGAAAUGGAAAAACCGCUUUACUUUUUGCAUGUCGAUACGGUGUUUAUGAAAAUGCAGAAGUGUUGUUAAAUUCAGGCGCUUCGAUUAACAUGGUGGACAAGGACAAAAUGAACGCAUUGCAUUAUGCGUUGAGAUCACGGAAACACAAUCCAAAUGUAGUAAAAUUAUUGAUUGAGAAAGGCAUUGACGUAAAUGUACAAGAUGGAAAUGGAAAGACCGCUUUACUACUAGCGGGUGAAAACGGUGUUUAUGAAACUGCAGAAAUGUUGUUGAAUUCCGGUGCUUCGCUUAACAUUGUGGACAACGACAAAAUGAACGCGUUGCAUUAUGCAUCGCAAUCGUGGAAAGACAAUCGAGAUGUAAUAAAAUUAAUGAUUGAGAAAGGCAUUGACGUAAAUGUACAAGAUGGAAAUGGAAAAACCGCUUUACAACUGGCGUGUAAAAACGGUGAUUACGGAAUUGCAAAAAAAUUGUUAAAUUCCGGUGCUUCGAUUAACAAUGUGGACAAGGACAAAAUGAAUGCGUUGCAUUAUGCAUCGGAAUCGUCGAAAGACAAUCGAGAUGUAAUAAAAUUAUUGAUUGAGAAAGGCAUUGACGUAAAUGUACAAAAUGGAAAUGGAAAAACCGCUUUACUUUUUGCAUGUCGAUACGGUGUUUAUGAAAAUGCAGAAGUGUUGUUAAAUUCAGGCGCUUCGAUUAACAUGGUGGACAAGGACAAAAUGAACGCGUUGAAUUAUGCAUCGCAAUCGUGGAAAGACAAUCGAGAUGUAAUAAAAUUAAUGAUUGAGAAAGGCAUUGACGUAAAUGUACAAGAUGGAAAUGGAAAAACCGCUUUACAACUUGCAUGUCUAAAUGGUGAUUACGAAAUUGCAAAAAAAUUGUUAAGUUCCGGUGCUUCGAUUAACAUUGUCGACAAGGACAAAAUGAACGCGUUGCAUUAUGCGUCGGAAUCAUGGAAAGACAAUCGAGAUGUAAUAAAAUUAUUGAUUGAGAAAGGGAUUGACGUAAAUGUACAAGAUGAAAAUGGAAAAACCGCUUUACAACGGGCGUGUAAAAGCGGUGUUAAUGAAAAUACAGAAAUGUUGUUACAUUUCGGCGCUUCGAUUAACAUUGUGGACAAGGACGAAAGGAACGCGUUGCAUUAUGCGUCGGAAUCAUGGAAAGACAAUCGAGAUGUAAUAAAAUUAUUGAUUGAGAAAGGGAUUGACGUAAAUGUACAAGAUGGAAAUGGAAAAACCGCUUUACAACUGGCGUGUAAAAAAGGUCAUUACGAAACUGCAAAAAGAUUGUUAAGUUCCGGUGCUUCGAUUAACAUUGUGGACAAGGACAAAAUGAACGCGUUAUAUUAUGCGUCGGACUCAUCGAAAGACAAUCGAGAUGUAAUGAAAUUAUUGAUUGAGAAAGGCAUCGACUUAAAUGCGCAAAAUAGAAACGGAACGACCGCUUUACAAUUAGCAUGUUUACGGAGUGUUUAUGAAAAUACAGAAAUGUUGUUACAUUUCGGCGCUUCAAUUAACAUUGCGGACAAGUACAAAAUGAACGCGUUGCAUUAUGCGUCGAACUCAUCGACAGACAAUCGAGAUGUAAUGAAAUUAUUGAUUGAGAAAGGCAUCGACUUAAAUGCGCAAAAUAGAAACGGAACGACCGCUUUACAAUUAGCAUGUUUACGGGGUGUUUAUGAAAAUGCAGAAAUGUUGUUAAAUUCCGGAGCUUCGAUUAACAUUGUGAACAAGGACAAAAUGAACGCGUUGCAUUAUGCGUCGGACUCAUCGAAAGACAAUCGAGAUGUAAUGAAAUUAUUGAUUGAGAAAGGGAUUGACGUAAAUGUACAAGAUGAAAAUGGAAAAACCGCUUUACAACGGGCGUGUAAAAGCGGUGUUUAUGAAAAUACAGAAAUGUUGUUACAUUUCGGCGCUUCGAUUAACAUUGUGGACAAGGACGAAAGGAACGCGUUGCAUUAUGCAUCGGAAUCAUGGAAAGACAAUCGAGAUGUAAUAAAAUUAUUGAUUGAGAAAGGGAUUGACGUAAAUGUACAAGAUGGAAAUGGAAAAACCGCUUCACAACUGGCGUGUAAAAAAGGUCAUUACGAAAUUGCAAAAAGAUUGUUAAGUUCCGGUGCUUCGAUUAACAUUGUGGACAAGGACAAAAUGAACGCGUUGUAUUAUGCGUCGGACUCAUCGAAAGACAAUCGAGAUGUAAUGAAAUUAUUGAUUGAGAAAGGCAUCGACUUAAAUGCGCAAAAUAGAAACGGAACGACCGCUUUACAAUUAGCAUGUCUACGGGGUGUUUAUGAAAAUGCAGAAAUGUUGUUAAAUUCCGGAGCUUCGAUUAACAUUGUGAACAAGGACGAAAGGAACGCGUUGCAUUAUGCGUCGGAAUCAUGGAAAGACAAUCGAGAUGUAAUGAAAUUAUUGAUUGAGAAAGGCACUGGCGUAAAUGUACAAGAUGGAAAUGGAAAAACCGCUUUACAACUUGCAUGUCUAAAAGGUGUUUAUGAAAAUGCAAAAAUGUUGUUAAAUUCCGGUGCUUCGAUUAAUAUUGCGGACAAGGAAGAAAACAACGCGUUGCAUUAUGCAUCAAGAACAUUGGGAAUUAAUCGAGAAGUAAUAAAAUUAUUGAUUGAAAAAGGCAUCGACUUAAAUGCGCAAAAUGGAAACGGAACGGCCGCUUUACAAUUAGCAUGUUCACGGGGUGUUUAUGAAAAUGUAGAAAUGUUGUUAGAUUUCGGCGCUUCGAUUAUCAUUGCGGACAAGAAGAACAUGAACGCUUUGAAAUACGCAUCAUAUUUCGAUAAAGAUAACCAAGAUAUAAUAGAAUUAUUGAUUAGAAAAGGCAUCGAGGUAAAUGCACAAUGUAAAAAUGGAAAUACCGCUUUACAUGCUGCAUGUCAACAGGGUGUUUAUAAAAAUGCAGAAACGUUGCUAGAUUCCGGAGCUUGGAUUAACAUUAUGGACAAUCAGAAAGAUAACGAGUUGCAUAAUGCAUUGGACUCACGCAAAAACAAUCGAGAUAUAAUAGCAUUACUGAUUGAGAAAGGCGUCGACGUAAAUUCACAAAAUGAAAAUGGCACGACCCCUUUACAACGUGCAUGUCGAAAUGGUGAUUAUCAAAAUGCAAAAUUAUUGUUAGAAGUCGGAGCUACUAUUAAUACUACGGACAACGGCAACAGGAACGCAUUGCACUAUGCUUCAGAAUCCUUGAAAGUCAAUCGAGACACAAUAAAACUGUUGAUUGAAGAAGGUUUUCACGUAGACGCACAAAGUCAAAAUGGAACGACCGCUUUACAACUGGCUUGCCUAAAGGGAAUUUAUGAAAAUGUUGUUAUAUUGUUAGAUUUCGGGGCUUCGAUUAACAUUAUUAACAAAAUGGGGAAUAACGCGUUGCACUGUGCUGCAGAUUCGCACAACGACAAUCAGGAUAUACUAAAUUUAUUGAUUAAGAAUGGCAUUAACGUAAAUCUACGAAAUCAAAAUGGUGCUACUGCCUUACAUCUUGCAUGUCGAAAAGGUGUUUAUGAAAAUGUAAAAUUAUUGUUAGAUUUCGGAGCUUUGAUUAACACUACGGAUAAAGACGACAAAAACACCUUGCAUUAUGCAUCAGAAUCACAGAAAGACAACCGAAAAUUAAUAAAAUUAUUGACUGAGCAUGGCAUCGACAUAGAUUCACAAAAUCAUUAUGGAGCGACCGCUUUACAACUUGCAUGUCGACAGGGUGUUUAUGAAAAUGUAAAAACGUUGUUAGAUUCUGGUGCUUUAAUGAAAAUUCUGGAUCAAAACAACAAAAACGCUUUGCAUUAUGCCUUAUGUUCGAGAAGAGAUACUAGAAUGAUAAUAAAAUUACUUAUAGACAACGGCAUCGACAUGCAUGUUCAAAAUAAAAUCAAAACCAAGAUUUUUAAUACAAUAGCACGGAAUUAAAGUUAUUAUCUCUGAUUAAUGUGAAGGCGUCGUUUUUAGGUAAGAAACAACUGUACGUUUAGAUAAUUAGCAAUGUGUUUAUUGAAGAAACAUUUACUUUUGUAUUAAGUUCUUUCUCUUCAUUUGUUUGAUGCGCGGAUCUAUUCUAAUCUUUUAUAUUUUCUUGAAACUUAUUUCACACAAAAAUGUUUCUCAUUCUCUGGUAGAAUUUUUUCCUAACAUUCAUUGUUACUUCUAGACUUCUACUUAUAAACAUACCUAAGUAAUCCUAGCUGAUGUAUUCAUGCAUUAAAUUACUUUUCCAAAUAUUAAUUGCAAUAUGUAAAUAACUAAGUGGGAAAGUGGGGAAAGUUUGAUACAUUCGACCGGGAGGUUUAAUACAUUCAUAUUUUUGUGUUCCUUCGACUUCGAAUACAAAGAGUUGCAAUAGAUGCAAGCAGCGUCAUUCUUAGUCUUCACUUGGUUAUGUUUCUUCAUUCUGCUUGAUGGAAAACUGUUUGUUUCGAAAUACGAUUGGACGUCCGGUAUUCGGUGAUAUGAUAUAAUAUUUUUUGCAUUUUACGUUUCUGAUGCUAGUGCCCUUUUAAUUUUUCAACUUUUUUACACACGCUCUUUGGAACUUUUCUUUUGUGCUGUAAUCCACUGCUAGUGCCCUAGGAGUGUCUGUUAAAAUUCUCGUUUUUUUCUGAUUUUCGACCUCCCUUUUUUUUGUUCAGUUUCAGUCGUAUUUCCUCCGGAGUUAUUAAUACCUUUUUUAUUUGUGAAUCUCCAGAUUUAUCAAGUUCAGAACAUGAGGAAAAAUGAAAGCUACCAGGCUCUACAUCGUUCCCUGUUUCACUUCUGAUCCGGUAACAUCAUUUUCGUCAAAAGCAUGUUUAUUAUACGGAUAUAUUCCAGUCGUUAAAAAACCACUAGUGAUGUUUCUAGGAAUGAAUGCUCGACUGAAUAUCCGCCCAAAAAGUUCUGGAAUAUUGUUUUGAUAAUAUUGUUCGACCAGGAUUUUGUUAUACAAGUUUAUCGCCAUUGUAAAGAGAUUCUGACCCAAAAUCGUCACGCUCUAACACCGUGAGCAGAGUUUGAAAAAAAUAAUUGGACACUGUGAGAAUUAAAAACAAUAGAUUUGAAUAGACUUGUAGCCUCCAGAAUUUAUAAAGACAACUUAUGAUUACGGAACAUAAAACCCCGAAAUCAAUCUUUAAAUCCAGCUUACUCGAGAUUAAAUUUUCCAUUGAAUGUAGCUAACUCCAAGCCCCAGAAAUUGAUAGAAAGCCGCGUAAUUUAAAAGUGUAGAAAACCUCCCUGCGUGUCAAUUCUCCCCAGUCUCCCCUACUCUGAACAUCCGUGUGUUAAUAUGUUGGUAUAGUUACUUUUCGGGACAAAUACGAUGCAGAAGUUAUUACCACAAUUUUCUCUCUUUCUUUGACUUCGUAAUCAAAUCAAAAGUUUGCGAAUAUAUGGGUACACUUGUUGAAUAUACCUUCAUCAUCAGCCUUUACUCCUAUGGAGGACAGUAGUAAUUUUAGCUACUGUUGAUGGCUACAUUUAAGUUAUAAGCUUGUUAGUUAAUUUGGCGACUCUAAUAUUAUUAAUCAUAUUGAUUUUUUCUUUCAUCUGAUCUUCAAAAAUAGUAACAUUUUCUUGUCUAUAUAUUCUCCAGUCGUUUAUGUGCUAAGUUUUAGUCGUUGCUAUUUAGAUAUCUUCUGUACAGCUAGAUCUGGUGGUUGGGUUUUUGACGUCAAGACUUUGUAUAGUAACGCUAGUUCUCCAUUUCUCACCACAGUGGUAAAACUUUGUGCAAUAUUCUUAGAAAAACCUAAACCUCUUUAUAUGAAUGAUCGAAAAAAAUUCUCCCAUCUUACUCAUUAAAAAAAAAAAAACCUAAAACCAUCAUUGAAAAAAUAGACUUGUCAAUCAUGUCAUGACCCUACUAAACAUCAAGUGUAGCUUGUUACUAGGAAGUUAUCAGUCUUUAAUAGUAUGACGUCUAAUUACUCUAUCUUAAUUUUUCCAAUUUUCACAUUCCAGUUGUGUUUACCAAAGUAAUUAGCACGGAUAUAUAAAAACAUUUUUAUUUCCGUAAAAACUUUUCACAAGAAUGUCUACAGCCACAUCACCGGCAGUGACAGCUUAGACGUUAAUUUGUUCGUCAAGAAUAGGUCGUUGUAGAAUGAAUCUAUUCUCUAAUUCCCCAUCAUCUGACUGGUUGGCAAACGGGUCUAAAAUUUUAGUUCUCUAUCUUAAUUUAUUUCAUUUCACUUACUUAGAUUUAUAUAAUAAUAAGUUACAUUUUUGUACUAAAUUUUGUACUUAAUAGUGAUUUUUCCAACUUUUGAAAUACCUCAAAGUUACAUCAGAAUUGAAACUACUAAGUAAUAGAUAAUUUUCUAAGAGUUAACGUUGGUAAUUUUGAGGUUACUUCAUGUUUAAUUAAUAAGCAACUGUCUGUGUAAAUACAACCUUCUGCUAUAUAAAAUGGGUUAAAUUUUGUAAAUCAGGUCUUCUUAUUCCUAAUCUGAAUUUCAUGGGCUUUUAGUAUUGUGAACAUUCCAAGGGAAACCCUCAUUACUUAAGGAAAGCGUUUUCAGCUUCAAUGACCAAAUAGGCGCAAAGAAUCUCCUCAACUCUAUCCAAGAAAUAUGCUUCACGCCAGCUUCAAGCAUCUGGGUGGUUUUUCUGAAGGUGAUUUCAUGUUUCCACCGCUUUGUUUGAAUAUAACGACACUUUAAUCCCUUUUGUUAUUCCACUGGAGAUUAUUUGUGUGUCCUGGCUGAAAAGUUUUUCUUACACACAAAAAAACAGGUUUACUUAGCCCAACUGCCAAAUCAUAAAAUUUAAGGACACAAAUCGAAAGACUACUGAUGUCUAUGUGGGAAAAGCAACUUACACUACAAGAACGUGGAGUUUCCAGAAGAAGGUCGCAUGUCUUCGGUCUUUCCACUGAAGAUUUUUCACCAAUUCCUGCAUCCACAUCACCAGCAGGAACUUCGUACACUAUUAAAACGUUUUUGAAAUUGUCUUCUCGUGUCCAACUGAACGUUGUAAAAAGGAAAUUAUUUAAAAAUGUUGCAGUUAUAAACAGGAUAAUUUGGUUUGACCUGGGUAAAAAAUCUUUCUCAUGUGUAAAGAAAGUCUAUUUAGCCCCAGUUGUCAAAUCGUAACAUUGAAAUAAAACACAAAAAUCAAUUUACUCCACGCUUCAUUUCUAACUUUUCAAACUACAAGAUUCACCCUUUAUCACAUCAAAUCUACAAACGGUUGUCUCAGUGCUGAUUCAAUAAAAAUCAAAAACUAAACCGUAGUUCGAAAUCAAGGAUUUUCAAUCUUUGACCUCUUUUUGGAAGAUAUACCAUAAAGUACGUCGGGAUUCUUUCUGUGCAUGCAUAGAACCAAGUUUUCACAAAAAUCAAAAACCUGUAUUUUCUCAGUCGUUUUUCUCAGUCAUGGCAUGAUUAUUAGGAGAUUCGAUGGUCCGAAUUUGAACCCACCCACCUCAAUGGAACUCCUCAUCGUACGUAGAGAGUGAAGAAAACAGACUGUAAGAAGUGGAUCAGACAUGAUCCUCGAAAGGUCACUUAUUCUUUAAUUUGUCUUAGCAAUCCAUCAUGGGUCAAGUUCUUAGUAACGACUGUCGAAACACAUGUCGCCUUACUUUUCUAAAAAACCGUAAAAACAAAUAAUUUGUUAAUUGUGUUUAAUUGUUCCUUUUUUUGGAUUAAAUUAUCAAUCUAUUAAAGGCAACGACCGGGAUGGAUGUGCACGAAGACAGAAUAUCGUUUUGAUAAUAAUAAAUAAUAGUUUUGAUUAGAUUUGUUAAUGCAAUUUGCAAAAAAAAAGGUUGGAAAUUCGGAUGAAUGACAACCUUAGAUCUAAGUUACCACAGGUAGAAUACAAUUUCACAGGUAAUGACGGUUUCCUUGGUAUUUAGAUCUACGGCUGGCUGUUCUAGUUGAAGUUUGUGAACCUAUGGUUCAGCUCAAAGAGUUGAUCGAUAAUUUUAUUAGAAUAUUGUACAUGAUUGUAAUAUGUAAUUGUAUGCGAUAUGGGGAAUCGUUGACAUCGUUCGAGGAAGAACGAAGUACACGUGUUGUUCAAGUUCACGCGGAUAUUUGACAACACUGUUUUAGUCAAAUCUACUUUGGUGAAUCUUUAACAAGUCUUUGUUUAUUACUGGUCAAGUAACAGAACUAUAAUGGUAGAUUUGCCCUAAAUUUUACAGUGAUGGCUUCGUUCCUUCUCAGCGCACAAAUUUUCUGUAAUUGUUUUUUUUUUUUUUUUGCUUUACUAAAUAAUACGUUGUGUUGUUUCAGCUUAUUUAAAAAUUUUAAUUUGUAGCCGUACUCGGUGAAUUUUUGUUUAGUUUCUUGUUUUUUUGUUUUAUUUAAAAAUACAAUGUGUUUAAUAAAAAGUUAACCUGUUUUCAACCGAAAA